CACUCCAAACUGAUUAUCUGACGCAGCGAAUAUCAAAAAUGAACAAAAUGAAUGAACUAUUAAAAGAGUUGCAGAAACUGGAGAAUAGUCGCGAGCAAGUGCAUCUGGAGGAGCCCAGCAGCGCCAAUGAGACAAAGCGAUUAAUCGAACUAGAACUAAACAGAGCGCAGCAUUUCAGUAGCCAGCGUUCUUCCAUUCUGCUGAAUUUGCAGGAAGAAACUGACAACUUUGUGGCCAUAAGGCGUGAAGAGAUCCAGCAGGCUGAGCUGGAUUCCAUGGCACUGGCCGAUCUUUGCGGGCAAGUACGCCAAAUCAACCAGGAACUGGACAGGAUGUACGAGGUUAACGACUGCCCCAUCUGCCAAGAGUCCUGUGAAGUGGGUGGCAGUCAUUGUCUGGUGUCACUGCGAUGUGGCCACCUUUUUGGCAGGAACUGCAUCCGAACUGCCCUCCGGAAAUCAAAACAGUGCCCCAUUUGUUUGCGCGGAGCACGUCAUUCCCAUAUGCGCCGGAUCUACGGCUUGACACAUUUUCCCUUUUAAACUACCAUAAAUUAUGUAUUUUUAUUUAAAAUUGUUACAGAACAUUUAAAAACCAAA